GAAUCAGAGAAGCGCUUCUCUGUUGAAUAUAAUUAACAAAUACUAUCCCGAUGUAGUUCUAAUUUGGGAAACUAAAUUAAAUCACGUUCUGCGUUUUGAGAAUUAUGAUAUUAUUAGGAAUGAUAGGAAUGAUCCUCACAGAGGUGGUGGUACGGCCAUUUUAAUGAAAAGAAGCAUUAGUCACACGUAUGCAAAAUGUGGAACCCAGAAAGAAUUCAUCCCAGAACUUGAUAAUCUAUUUAAAGAGUUAAAACUUAACGAUUUUGAAAAUUACUACAUACUUGCGGGAGAUCUGAAUGCCAAGCACACUGAUUGGCGUAACAAAAUUAACAAUCCUAGAGGAGUUUCUUUUCGCCUUUGGCUUCAAACUAAUGAAUUAAAGUACAGAUCAAUCUUGUUAUGCUCUAAAUAUCUAUCUUAUCCUAACGGCCAAUCCUUUCUAGAUCUAGUACUAGCAGACGCCAGACUUAAAUUUCAAGUUUUGGAAGAUGAUGUCUUUCUCACUAAUAUACCAUAUGAUAGUGAUCAUAAUGCACUUUUAUAUAAUGUUGAGAUCGAGAGCGAGGACGAGUUCCUUUUGGAUGCGAACAAUCCUAUCAGAAAAUUCAACUACAAAAAAGCAAAUUGGGAAAAAUUUAAUUCGCAUCUAGAGCAAAAUUUCAAUAUAGUCAUCCCUAAUGAUAGAAAUUUAAAUAUAAAUGAGAUAAACACUUAUCUCCAGAAUAUAGACGACGCGAUUACUGAUGCUAUGGCUAUAAAUAUCCUUAGAAUCAAAUUCAAAAAUCCAUUAAAAUCAUACAUAAACGAUACUAUAAGAAACUUACAAAAUGAAAAGAGCAAGUUACUUACACAAAUACAUCGUCUAAACAGAAAGUGGCCUCUUGUCAAUUUUCGUAGAUUAAAACAGUUAAAAAAAGAAAUCAACAAGAUUAAAGAACAAUUGAAAACGGAAUUCUCAAAAUCUAUCAGUAAUUAUUGGAAAGAAAAGAUCUCCAAUAUAACAAAGCAGGAUUCAGCAAAGAUGUUCCCGAAAAUAAACUCUAUAUUCAGGAAAAAUGACCCUAUUGAGAUCUCUAGUCUUAAAUUAGAUUCGAACUCUGAUACUCUGAUUUCUGCAAAAAUUGAUACCAUUAAACUUAUUACGGAUACAAAUGGGAAUGUACUUGUCGAAAACAUACAAGACAAAUUAGAUGUACUCGGCGCACAUUUCGCCAGUGUUAAUAACAGGAAGAUAGAAAACAAUAGACCACAUUUAAAUGAAUUAAUAGAUAGUCAAAUAAAUGCAUUCAAAAAUAGUGUAUCAGCUGAUCGCGAAAAUAAUGUGUUGUUUGCAACUUCGGCAGUGAUAAUACGGCGGACAACCCAUCUGGUCCUCCGGAAUUUGCCAAUUAUUUUAUUAACACGACUUCGCUAA